AUGAUUAGAGUAAAGUUAGUGAGAGUGGUUCAUCCUGUAAGCUGCUUAGGCCUAGAGAUUGCUUGUUGGAUUGCUCUUUUCAAGGGUUCAAGGUGCUUACUUUCAGGGGAUCAUUUACAACUUCCUCCGACAAUUCGAAGUGUUGAAGCUGAAAAAAAAGGAUUAGGAAACACUCUUUUUAAACGCCUUGCAGAAUUAUAUGGAGAUGAUGUCAUGUCUAUGCUGACUGUGCAAUAUAGCAUGCAUGAACUUAUAAUGACUUGGUCUUCUAAAGAGCUUUACAACAAUAAGGUGUUGAGAAGUCUUCUUCUUCCACUGAACCUACUCUUCUUCUCAUAG